AUGGCUUCGUUCGACGCGUUCAGCAUUGACGGCGACGAUCUCAACGCUUCCAACAGUCAUUUUGACCAAGACGACGUCGUCGUCGAAAACUACACCGACUACGCCGAGUACUCCAGCUUCUCCGGCGGAGCUCCGACUGACGCCGAAGUAACCGCUGACCACGCCGCCGGUGCCUCAACGGAUGUUUUCGGAUUCGACGAUCCGAGCUCCAACUACUCCCACUCGACCCCGUUCGAUUCGGUUCCCGUUGAGAACGGUAAUGGAAAUGGAUAUGGUGUGGGCGAGCACGCAAUCGACGAUGACGUUUUCACAUCGGACGGUCCCGUGCUACCUCCACCUAGCGAGAUGGUGCCUGAGGAAGGUUUUGCUCUUCGUGAAUGGCGGCGUCUAAAUGCCCUCCAGCUUGAGGAGAAGGAGAAGAGGGAGAAAGAACUGAGGAACCAGAUUAUUGAAGAAGCUGAGGAGUACAAACGUGCAUUCUAUGAGAAAAGGAAGCUUAAUGUUGAGACCAACAAGGUUGAGAACAGAGAAAAGGAGAAGUUAUUCUUGGCUAAUCAAGAGAAUUUCCAUAAAAACGCUGACAAGCAAAGUUGGAAAGCAAUAGCAGAGCUCAUUCCUCAUGAGGUUCCCAACAUUGAGAAGAAGAGAGGCAAGAAGGAUCAGGACAAGAAACCAUCGAUCACAGUCGUUCAGGGCCCGAAGCCUGGAAAACCCACUGAUCUUUCAAGGCUGCGGCAAAUACUUUUGAAGCUGAAGCAUAAAACUCCACCUCAUAUGAUUCCACCCCCACCUGCUCCUGCUAAAGAUGCCAAAGGUGCCAAAGAUGGAAAGGCUCCAGCCAAAGAUCCCAAAGAUGGGAAGGAUGCCAAAAAUGCCCAGAAUGUAAAGGAUGCAGCAUCUAAAUCUAAUGGGUCCUCAGAAGCCGAGGUGCCUGCUUCACAAGCCAAGGAUGCCACCUCUAACGGUUCUUCAGAUGCCCCUGAACAAAGCACUCCUCCUUCUGUCGAGGACCUCUCUGCUUAA